CAGGAAUCGUCCAUUUUGUCCGCAGCUCGGCGAACUCAGCAGCGCAGAGAGGGGAAGCGGCUGCUCUCCUGCCUUGACGUGCUCUGCUCGCCCAUCGCUGCUGCAGAAACGGUGCUGCCAUGGCGGACGCCGCCGUCUCUUUCGCCAAGGACUUCCUGGCCGGCGGUGUAGCUGCUGCCAUUUCCAAAACCGCCGUGGCGCCCAUUGAGAGGGUCAAGUUGCUGCUGCAGGUGCAACAUGCAAGUAAACAGAUCACUGCGGACAAGCAGUACAAAGGCAUCAUUGACUGUGUUGUGAGGAUCCCCAAGGAGCAGGGCUUCGCUUCCUUCUGGCGUGGCAACCUGGCCAACGUCAUCCGCUACUUCCCCACUCAGGCCCUCAACUUUGCCUUCAAGGACAAGUACAAGCAGAUAUUCCUGGGUGGUGUAGACAAGCACACACAGUUCUGGCGUUACUUUGCUGGAAACCUCGCGUCAGGGGGUGCAGCGGGGGCCACCUCCCUCUGCUUCGUAUAUCCCCUGGAUUUCGCCCGCACCCGGCUGGCCGCCGACGUAGGCAAGGCAUCCUCCUCCCGAGAGUUCACCGGUCUGGCUGACUGCCUCGCGAAAAUAUUCAGAUCAGAUGGCCUCCGGGGCCUCUACCAGGGAUUUAAUGUCUCUGUGCAGGGCAUCAUCAUAUACAGGGCUGCUUACUUUGGUAUCUAUGAUACAGCAAAAGGUAUGCUUCCAGACCCCAAGAACACCCAUAUUGUGGUGAGCUGGAUGAUCGCGCAGACAGUGACUGCAGUGGCUGGAGUGGUGUCUUACCCAUUCGAUACUGUCCGCCGUCGUAUGAUGAUGCAAUCUGGGCGCAAAGGAGCGGACAUCAUGUACAGCGGCACCUUGGACUGCUGGCGGAAGAUAGCGCGUGACGAAGGCGGAAAGGCUUUUUUCAAGGGUGCUCUGUCCAAUGUGCUACGGGGCAUGGGGGGGGCCUUCGUGCUCGUCCUCUACGACGAAUUCAAGAAGUUUGUCUAGGUCUCUGUCACAGGUUACACAGCAACCUAGAGUUAUGAUCUAGUGAUUCUCUUUGUCACAUAGAAUAAGUGUUACCACUAGGAUCCAUAAUGAUUUCCCAAACUGGCUCUGCCAGUACACUAUGUGUUAUAGCGCUUGUGUAGCACUACCUAAUAAAACCUCACAACACUGACCUGUAUAACAUAACGCCCAUGUAGGCGUGACAUACUUUUUUGUUUUAACUUUUUCACCAAAAUUUUAAUUUAAUUUUUAGACUUGGGCAUUUGAACAGAGUAAAUGUAAAAACAUGUCCUUUUUAUUUAUGAGUUUCCAAAUUCCUUAAUGUAAAAGUAAUAUGUUUGUUCUUUCUUUGCAUACAGCAUAUAUACCAAGAUAUUAUAGCAGCACCUUAUAAACACAGGUGUAUUACUUUUAUUCUAAUAAAUUAUUGUAAUAAACUGAUGAGUAAUUGUUAGUGGUAAUAAGCAACCUGCUGGCUUUGCUUUUCCUCAAGAUGGCGCUACAGGUGUAGGGUUAGUUACCUCUUCAGUACCUCUUCCUGCAUUGUUUAAAUUGUUGUUUUGUUGCUUACCAGCCCUUACCCAGUGUCAUUGUUUUUUACAUUAUUUUAUAAGUAGAAUUGGCUGGUAUAUUUUGUUUUUUAGACAUAUAACUUGAGAACAUGUUGAAGAGCACGACCAGUGUAAAAUCUUGGUUCCAGGGUAUGUACUGUUAAAUUUUCAUUUUUAAUAACUAAUAUUGCACUGUCCUUCAUUGU